AUGCUGGAAUCACCUGGCCCUGAGCACAAUGGCUCGAGUGAACAUGUAGCCCCACAACGGCAAGACAGCGCCCAGAGCCCAAAACACCAAAAGAGGGUGUUCUCCGAACGUGAGCCAUUACUUAGUGGUAAUGAAGAAUUGUUAGACCCUGAUGACCCGCGCGUCUCGCCUCUCAAUUUGAAGCGCAUCAAGUUACUCAGGUCGAUUCUCUGGACAGUCUUGCUUUUUAAUACCGGGCUAUUUCUAUUAGUGUUGGUGUCUGACUUCAUCUCAAUUCCGGGCAUCAACUCAAGAGGGAAGUCGUUUUUGGAGCUUGACCUUGUUAUAUUCUGCAUCCUUACUGGUGCAAUCACCCUCUGGUGUUUUUCGGUGCCCGCCUACUAUGAGCGUAUCUUGGGAUACAUCAGUUUUGCGCUCGUUGCUCUAGAUGUGGUUGUGGCUGUUUCGGUACCGGACUUACGUGAUGGCUUCGGCUUGUUUGGGAACAUGCUCAUGCUCUGGGUUCUUGCUAACCUACUCUUGAAUUGCUUUGCUGAUUUCUGGGUGGAGCAGGGCAAGGCUCAGCAGGAGAUUAGGUACACUGGGAGAAUUGAGAAGCGCAAAUCAUUGUUUGAGAUCUGUGUCACCGGAAUCAAGAUUUUUCUGAAGUUCUUGCUUCUUCUCGUCAUUUGGAACAUCAGCUUAACGUUGUGGCUCCUGGCCUUCGACUCGCACGAGAAGCCGUGGGGUAAAAUGAUUCCUGUUAAUGAGGACCAGUUCAAAGUCCAUUUGGCGUGUUUUGGGAAUGUAAGCUCCGGGUCCAACGGAACUGCUGACUCCAAACCAUCUGAACCAUCUAAGCCCAAACAACCGAUUGUCUUGGUCGAAGGUGGCCAGCACACUUCUUCGGAGCAGUUUCAAGAAUGGAUCCAAGAACUAUAUCAUAUGAACAAGAUUGAGCGAUAUUGUAUCUGGGACCGGCCCGGGUAUGGGUUCUCUGAUAGUGCGUCAUCGCCCACUUCAGUCGGGAUCAUUGUGGAGUACUUGAUGGAAGCCUUGAAGAAGGAAGGGAUUGAAGGACCCUACAGUGCUGUGGGAUUUGAUGUUGGUGGUUUGUACUCCAAGGUGUUUGCUCUGAGAAACGCUGGACAAAUGCACUCGAUGCUUUUGGUGGAUAGCUGGCAUGAAGACUUGCUCACACAUUGGCCUUUUAGUGGUCCGAAUAAGAAAAACGAAAAGAGAAAGACGUUCAGGGACAUCUUGGAACUAAUGGACUCGUGGCAGGGGUUCAAGGUGUGGGUCAGAGGAGUUGUGUCACCUCUCGGAGUUGUGAGAAGCAUCCACUGGUUCUUCCAUCCCAAAAGCUAUCUGUCAAAAAGCAGAAUAUUCGGAAGGGAUAUGGUCCACAGUUCCAAGUACUUGAGGGCCAGACUUCAAGAGCAGGUCACUGCGUCAGUGCUAUCCUACAACGAAGUCCACACUGCCGAUGUCGGCAGCAUUCCGCUUUCGGUGAUUCUGUCCGAGUUCAUGAUCAAGAAGUCACUUAACUGGGGCAAGUGGCAGAGGGAGUUGACGAAGAUCAGCAGUAAGUGUCUUGAAUGGGUGGUCGCCGAAACUUCGGGGCACUACAUCUGGGAGAGUCCCAAGGGAAGAAACAACGUGCAGCAGGUUUUGCUUCGGUUGGUGAGCGAGAAGACUAACUACUAG